AUGCCCGCCAUCCACCUACUGGCGGAGCGCCCGCCGCUGUGGUACGGCUCGGCCUUCGAAGUGAUUCCCUCCAACGAGGCCUCGACGGUGGCCGGAGCGCCAGUUGGAACUUGGUGGCAGAAUCCUGGACCAAUCUUCCCCAUCUACACCUAUGAGGAUGUAGCCAACUCCCAGACCACCGUCUACAUGAGACGAAAGCUGUUGAGACUGGGACAGUCCCAUGUGAUCCAACGUUGUGAUGGAAAAGGUCCUGUCGUCCACUUCUCUGAGGGCUGGAACUUCUUCUCGAAUCGCCUGCGGAAGUGGCUGAAGAUGAACCAGGCCAUGAGUUACAAGAUCUACGUGGACGACACCUUGGUGGCGGUGGCAGAGGAGACCCAGCAGGGCUUCCAGUCCAUCACCUUCCGGGGAGUCCAAGAGGAGAACAAAGGACGAGAAUUGGCCUCCUCGGUGCUGCAGUCGCGGCACUUCCAUGGCAAGUAUGAUGUGUGGUUAGUGCAGAACAAACAGGAAGAUGUGAUGCUCCCGGACUAUGUUAGCAGUGCCACCACGUUGCUGUAUGCCUUCUAUACACUGCAUCAAGACAAGAGAGAUGUGGCAUCUGUUGCAAAGGACCAGGAAAAGGCGCACCCCCCGAACUUCCUUGCGGCGGCAGAGGUGGAGAAAAAGAACGUCUCUGAACAUAUUGCGGCGCCCCUAGAGAUUCCUGUGGAGGCUGAAGUGAAAGUGGCAGAGGUUGAGACGGCUCAACCGCCGUCAUCUCUGAGCGGUUGGUUCCAGAGCCCACCGGAAGUUGAGUCGCGCCGAUCUGUUGUUCCGGGUGGCAGCAUGAGCUUUCUGCCGAACCUGGAUCCUGCGACUCUCUUGGUGAUUUGGCAGAUUCUGCUUCUUGUAGUGCUGCUUGUGGCUUUCGUUUUCUGUGUCUAUUCUCACUGCCGCCGCGUGAAGAAGCUGUCGGACACAGAUGUGGAAGCCUUCCAUACCUUUAAGGAGGUCUACAAGGGUCUGGAUAUCGAAGUGGACGAAGAGAUCUUUGACGUGGAGCGGAACCCAGAAUGCGUCUGCUUCGAGACCAUCCGGGCCGCCAAGCCUGCGGACUCCUGGUCGACGGCUCGACGACAUCUAGGGGAAAGAGCAUUCUUGGCAUCGCCUACUGCGCAGGAAGAGGCGCAAGGCGUGGGAUUUGGUCAGGAAAAGUUCUACCUCAGCCCUGGGCAGGCGGGCAUUGUAGCUCAGCCGCCACUUCCUCUUCCAGCUAUCUCAUCAAAGGAGGAACCUCUGACAGACGAAGAGAAGAAAAAGCUGACUCAUUUGCGUGGCUUGAAAACCAUGGAUGUACAACUUCCAGCAGAGCUGGAGGAACAGUUGGCCAUUCUGGAAAUGAAGGAGAAAGAGGUGAACAAUUCCAAAGCCUUGUCUCAUGGACACCUCAAUCGCAUGACAAAGAUCAAGACCCAAAUUGGAGCGCAAUCCAAAAAGAUCGAGGCUCUGGAUUUGGAAUGGUCUGCCUUUGUGAAAAAUACGAUGCAGAAAGUCUCCCAACAUGCAGAUCUUUACCAACAAUGUCGUGGAGAGAUGAUGGAGGUUUACAAUCAGAAGCUCGACGAGCUCAGGAAGCUCAAACACGAGCUGACAAUGGCAUCCAGAAGUCUCAUAGAUCAGCAGUUGGAGGAGCCGCCAGAAGCACCUCUAGAUUCAGUGGAGACACAACUGGAUUCAAUGAGGUCGGCGAUGGCCACAGCAGGGUCUGUCACACAGGUCCACGAGCUCUCGGACGAGGACGACGAGAUGGUGCUCGGAGAGGAACAAGAUGUGGAGAUCAUCAAAGGGAGCAGAGCAGCGAAAGCCAAUUUCAAAGCUGCAACCUCACCGCAGAAGGUGGCCAAUCUGCAUUUGAAGCAAAAGAAGGUUUUUCUCGAUGAGGAGGAACUGAUGAGAGUCCCAAAUGCAGCGUUAGUCACUGGAGCUAUACGUGUGUUAGAGCAAGAGUCAGAUGAUGAAGAUGUAACUAGCGAUGAUGGUGAGACUUCAGCAGCUUCCACAGAUGCUUCCAAUGACCACUCUUUGGACGCUUUGUCCCAGCCCUCGGAAGAGACACAGUGGGAUGAGGUUUCGAGUCCGAAAUCUUGGAGUUGGGAAGGUAAUCAAAGUGAUUUGUCCUUGCGUGAAGGGGAUGCCGCUACAUUGAUGUCAGGAGCACCAGUGAUGAUGCAAUAUGACAAUCCGGAUCCUUAUCCUUGGCAAGUUGACCCUAUCCAUUUUGAGGAGGAGCCUGAGCAAGAUAUGAUGGACACCGUUUUUGCGGAAGAUCAUCAAACACAGCUGCAGGAAUAUGUGGAGCAUGCUUUGGAGGGAACCGAAACAGAGGACACCGUUUGGCAAGCAGUGCUCAAUGAAUUGCCGGAAUUGGUGCAGCAGGCAUGGUGGGAUCACGCUCAAUAUGGAGCACUCACUAUAUUUCAUGUUUACCCACAGCCAAGCGAGUUGGGCGGCAUCAACAGUGUUGUGCUCUUGGUUAGUGUGGCCAGUCCGGCUGAUCUGGAUCCUGAUGUGAAAAAUGUCCUCAUCACUCAAAAAGGGGACCCAGCAGCGGGAUUGCGACCAGUUUCUUAUGGAGCCAAAAUUUUGACGGGUUCAACUGCCAAAGAGAUCAUGGUUCAAUUAGAUCUACACAAGAAGUGCAGACCUUUCACAAUGCGGGAAUGUGAAGUGCGUCUUGGUACAGAAGUCAUGCACGAAGAUGUGAGAUACAAUUUUGGACAUGGUCUCUGGUGUUGCCCAUCUUUUGGAAGGCGUCCCAAUUAUGUCACUAGCAACAUGCAAAGGGCGGAGAGAGUUGAAGCAUUCUAUUUGCAGGUUGAGGAGCUUCUCUUGUUACGGCCUGAGAGUGACAGUAUUGUUUGCCAUGUACAUGGAGUGUCGCCGGAAAACAGACCGAUGGGACAUCGUACUCUGGUGCUGCGAAGGCAGGAAUUGGAAGGUGAUCAGUGGAUUGAACGGAUGUGGCAGCUUUGGCCAUUUGAUCAUCCAUUUGCACCGAUCACUUUUUGCCCCUAUGCUAUGCCAGACAUGAAUGAAUGUCAAGAAAUGGCUUUCCAUUUUGCCGUGGACUAUGGAUCGCGUGAUGGAGUCACUGUUUUGGUAAGGCAAGUGAUUCAAGUCGCAGAUGACAUACCGAAGGGUUUACCUGGGGUGCAAGAACUUUGGGCUGUGGUCAUGCCGCACAUGGAGAUUAGUGAAGAUCCAUUGGAGGCUUUGGAAAGACCACCCUUUUGGCAACGUCAUGUGAGAAGUCAAAACAUGCGAAUGCAUCUGCAGGUCAAUGGUGAUCGAUAUCAGGAUGUAGUUGGGCAAUGGCAGGAUGGGGAUGUUCUCACUAUGAAAGUCAAUGUGGGGCAGAAAGCGCAGGCUUUAUCCAUACUGCUCAGAGAGGGCUAUAUGCCGGACCCAAAUUUCGAUGAGUUGGUCACAGAACAGACGUCCUUUUUGCAGAUUGGAGCAACAAUUCAGCAUGUUGAAGUUUAUGAUCAAGGUUUCCAAGAGUUUUGCGAACAUGUACGGGCAAAACAAGAUUGUGCUUCGUUUGGUUCGCGGGCUGAUGGGAAGGGCUGCAUACGGGAGUGUGGGGGGGCUAACGUGGAUCCCCCCAGCUCUCACAGCCAGGAAAAGGAAACAGUCAGGGAUUUUCAACAUGAACCCCUUUUGCGGCAUUGCCAUGAGGAUAACUUGGAUCUCAUGGGAUGUCAGGGGAAUGGAUCUGUGCAAACUACAAGUGAGGCAAUUGAUCGCCUGAAACAUGACCUGUCAUUGCUGUAUCAAGAGGACUGGAAAGGUUUGAAUCAUGACUUUGAGCAGAUUCCCUAUUUACAUCCCUUUGCAAGGUUGGCAAGUCAGAAGACUCAGGGCACGUCGAGAUGUCAGAACGUUUUUCAUGUUUUCACGGAUGGAUCAUGCAAAAGACACAAAGCAGCAUGGGCAUUUGUCGUCUUAUGUGAAUGUCACACAUUUGAGAGUCCUCUUUUUUACCGUGUUGGUUUUGCAGCAGGCAAUGUGGAUGAGAGCAUUGGAAAAGUUCGCUGCAAUGCAGCAGAUGCAGAGGCGACAGCUAUCAUUGCGGGAGCGGAAUUUUUGCUGGCGAAAGCUGAAUUACACAACAUUGAGGUCUUUUUUCACUAUGAUGCAAUUGCGGUUGGUCAUGGGGCGUGUGGCAGCCAGAAAAUUGUCUCGCAGGAUGACAGUUAUUCGGACAGACAAAGGGCCGCAAGAAUUUUGAUUUCUUUGCUGCAACAACGUGCCGCAGGAAUGAAAGGUUUGCAUGUGAAAGCCCAUGAUGGACACCCAUGGAACGAAUGUGCAGACAGCAUUGCAGGGCUUGUUUGCAAUGGAUGGCAACCACCAAUUCAGGCUGAGUUGAGAUCAGGUCCUUUGCUAUCCAACAAGUUACGUGAGUGGGCGUGGGUUGAAGCCAAUUCAACUGCGGUCAUGCCAUCACUGGAAGUUAUGUUGAGAAAUGAUGUGGCAGCGUACAAUCAAGGAUGGGUUGAUCCGACCUUGACAUCUGUGCAAGAGCAGUCUGCAAGUCACAGUGAUCAUGUGGGCGAUUCAAACUCUCACAAUGAGGGAUGUCAGACCCAUCGCAUCAGAUUUGCGACAGCGAAUGUGGGCACUCUUGAUUACAGAGGCAAUGUGAGCUGUUGCAGCAUCAAAGCCAAUGAGUUGCUUCAGCAAUGUCAACAAGAAGGAAUCCACAUUUUUGCGAUACAAGAAUCCAGAGCAGCAACAUCAAGAACUCUCACAAAUGGUCCUUUCACUCGCUACAUUGCGAAAGGAAGUCAAGGACAGGCAGGAGUUGAGUUGUGGAUCAAUGCACUGGAGCUAUCCAAGAUCUUUCACUGCGAUUUUCACCCUGAGAAAGAUGUGUGUAUCUGGCAUUGUUCUGAAAGAAUCCUUGCGGCGAGAUGUCACUGUGGGGUUCACACAUUGGAGAUCAUUGUUUUCUAUGCACCUCAACGUGGAAGAGGGGCUCAGGAGCAAGAGAUCUGGUGGUCAUAUUUCAAGAGCAUUUUGCAAGGUAGAGACAAGAAAGCACAGCUUUUCAUGCUUGGGGAUGGAAAUUGCAGUGUUGGCAGCAUCGACGAUGCAGCCAUUGGGUCUUUGGCAGCGGACAUUGAAGACGAAGGUGGAGGUUAUUUGCAUGAUAUUUGCACGAGUGAGAGCUUGAUGAUUCCCUCCACUUUUGACCAAUGGCACAACGGGCAGUCCCACACAUUUCUCAGUGCGAAAGGAGGACGCUCGAGAAUUGAUUUCAUUCUGAUUCCUCAAGAGUGUGCUGCCAGUGUGGUGCAAUCAUUUGUCAAUUUAGACAUGGAUCUGAUGAAUGGAGACCGGGACCAUUUUGCAUUGUGCUUGGACUGCGAAAUACAGGUUGGUGACAAGAACAUUGUGAGACGUUUCGUACGUCAGCAGUCUUACAAUCGCAAUGAGGCUAGAAAGUCCCAUUCACAGCAUGACAUUUUCAGCAUUAUUGAUAGUUGCCCAGCAGUUGAUUGGAAGACAGACGUCAAUGAUCACUGGGAUGUCAUACGAAAUCAUUUCCAGAAGCAGGCCAAAAUUCUUUUUCCAUGUCAACAGAGGCAACAAAGGCAGCUUUAUUUCUCUGCUGAGGCAUGGGAUGUCCUGUGCAAUCGAAAGGAUAUACGAAAGCAAUUUCGUGAGCUGCAAAGGGAAAAGAACAAGAUGAUGCUGCGAGCCAUAUGGCAAGUCUGGAAGAGUGAAAUCUCUGCAGUCAAUGAAGAGGAAGAUUUUCAUUUGCCACUUCACAUGCUGCGAUGUCAGGAAGCGAUCACCUAUGAAGCUCGUCUGAGGGCUGACAAACAGUUCAGAGCUAUCAAAAAGAGGGAUUGGAAAAACUGGAUCAGAAAGCAAUUGAAGGACAAAGUUGAAGCCGCACAAGGAGUGCGAUCAGCAGAGCUCUUCAAAAUUUUGCGGCCCAAGCAGAUGAUUGCGAGAAGUGCAGGGAAGCUAAUCAGACAAUUGCCGGGUCUGAUUGGACAGGACGGUGAAUGGAAGAGCAGCAGAGACGAAGUAGCAGUUGAAUGGCAAGCACAGUUUGGAGGGAUUGAAAAUGCGGAGGAUAUUUCUGUGGAGGAGCUGUUGGAGCGAUCUUGUCAGCAGUUCUUUGGCAGACGAACAGAGGAGGAUCUGUUACAAUUGCCGACCAUUUAUCAGCUGGAAGGGGCCAUCAGGGCACUGCAGGCUGACAAGGCCACAGGGCUGGAUGGAUUAGGCGCUGAGCUUCUGCAGGCCGAUCCUUGCAAAGCAGCUCAAAAGAUUUUCCCCUUGGUUUUGAAGGCGGCGAUCAGAGGUCAAGGCAUCAUGGAGCUGGCCGGAGGAUGGUUGCUGCCUUUAUACAAAGGAAAGGGUAAUCCUCAAAAGAUGAUGGGAUACAGAGCGAUACUCUUGGAAUCAGUUGUUUCCAGAGCGAUAUCUAAGGCCUGGAGGCCGAAGAUUACAGCUGGUCUUUCACUGAUUGCGGAACCCAUGCAGUGGGGAGGUCGACAAGGGCUGUCUAUUGAGGCAUUGCACCUUCAUAUCCAUUUUUGGAAACGAAAUGCGAGGAGGAAAAGAGUGUCACAUGCUGUAGUCUUCCUUGACAUACGUGCGGCCUUCUACUCUGUGGUCAAACAAAUGGUGGCAGGAGAAGCAAGAGGCAUGCGCAAAUUGGAAGAGGUUUUCAGCAAAAUUGGAAUGUCAGAAAAUAUGAAACCGGAUUUUUUACAUCAGGUGUCUGGCGUCAAUUUGGUGAAACAAGCAACCGGCUCAAACAUUGUUGCCGGAAAUGUGGCAGCGAUGUUGGGAUUGACAUGGUAUGUGAUCCCGGAGUCAAAAACAAUUCAGGGCCCGAUGACGGGAUCGAGGCCGGGAGACCCCUCAGCAGAUGUGCUGUUCUCGCUGGUACUUACAAAGGUUUUGAAACUCAUCAAGGACAGAGCUGGUGAGCAAGGCAUUCAACUACAUCAUAAAGCUACAGCUGGAGAUGUUUCAGAUGUGGUGACCUGGGUAGAUGACAUUGCUUUUUCGCUCACUGGAGAAGCGCAGCAGUUAGUUUCAAAGACAAUGAAGCUGCUGGCAAUUGUUCAAGACACGAUGUUGGAACAUGGCCUUGCGUUGUCCUAUGGCGUUGGAAAGACGGCUGUGAUGUUUUCAUUUCAUGGGCCAGGAGCGACAGCGGCGAGACAAGAAACAGAACAGAAAUACCGUGAUGGUUUACCUCUGCUCAGUGAACACAAGGGGAAAGUCAACAUUCCAAUUGUUAGCCACUAUCGUCAUCUUGGGGGCUUUGUGGUCCGUUCUGGAUCACGUUUGCAGGAGUUGAGGGUGAGAACAGCAGGAGCCAUGGCGAAGCUCAAGCCAUUGAGAAGCAUUCUCACUCACCCAGAUUUGCAGCAAGAACAGAGGAGCAGGAUGGUUAAAAGUCUUGGCCUUUCAGUUUUCACGCUGCAUGCUGGCACCCUUUAUGCGAUGACGCAAGGUGAAUAUCAACAGUGGCAAGCGGGAAUACACAAAAUCUACCAAUCACUGCACCAGCGCAAGCACGAUGGGGAGGUUCACCAUUUCACACUCUAUCAGCUUGCGGAUAUGAUGAAAUCACCAAUGCCGAUGGAAAUGAUCCACCUAUGCAGAUUGCGUUUGUUGGUUCACAUCAUCAGAGCGGGUGAUCAACAUAUGAUUGCAGCCAUUAUUGAGAAUCAUGAGAUUGAACAAGAAGAGUCAUGGUUGCAGGGUGCUUUCUACAGCUUGCGUUGGUUGGCGCAACAAGUUGGAAAUGAAAAUGUUCCAGAUGAACUUUUUCAACUGGAAGAUCCACAGGUGUGGGGCUGGUUUCAAGAAGGAGCUCAUGAGAUCAAGAGCCUCAUCAAGAAAGCAGAGUUAUCGCACUUGUGCAAGGUGGAAUCGUUAUGUGCUCUGCAGAAGCAAGCCAAUGAGCAAGACCAAUUGUUGAGAGAAAUGGGAUGGAGUUGUGAAGAUGAGGACGACAGUCAAGAAAAACAUGCUAUCAGUGAUUUUUCAUUUGCGUGUGAUGAAUGUGAUGCAGUUUUUGAUUUGUCGUCAUCUCUGGCGGUACAUCAACAGAAGAAGCAUGGAAAAAGAGUUGCGUUACGCAGAGUGGCAUGUGAUGCAACGUGCAGAGCAUGUGGUAGGUUCUAUCAUACCAGGCCAAGGCUCAUCAAGCAUCUUCAAACUGCAAAGAAAGGUUGUUGGCAGUACCACUUGAGGAACUUUGAACCCAUGACAGAAGAGGAGGCACUUGCUUUAGAUGAGAAAGAUUGCAAAGCAGGUGUGGCUGUGCAUCAGAGAGGUCUUAUUGAGCAUGCGCUUGAUCACACAUGGAGGUGGUGCACGGAAAAGGAGAAGGAGAAUGGCUUACCAUUGAAGUCGCAAGUGGUGCGGGUUGAUGGAGAGCCAACGGAGGAGGAGAUCAGCGAAUGGUCGUUGUUGGGCAUGCUUCCACCCGGGCAGGGUGGAAGAUGCCAAACCAAAAGAAAUCCAACGCAAUGGAGCGUGCACAAUGUUGGGCAUGAGGCCACAGAUGUUGAGCGCAAGUUGCUGGAUAGGGUACAAAAAUGGUCUCCAGAUCCAGAUUGGAUCCCCAGAGGUCCAGCUGAAGGCAGAAGAUUUUUCCUGAUAUUUUUUUCAGGGCAUCGACGUUUCAAAGAUCUUGCUACCUACAUCUGGUGGAAAUCGGAUUUGAUUCCGAUAUGCCUGGAUGUUGCCAUUGAUGCGGAAGUAGGCAACAUUUUGCAGGACAGUUUGUGGCGCUCUCUCAUUCAUGCCAGGCGUGUCGCUGGUGGACACGCAGGACCGCCCUGCGAGACUUAUUCACUGGCGAGAUGGCUUGAAAAUGAGAAUCAGCUAUACCCACGACCUCUUAGGAGUUGUGAACAGCCUUGGGGGUUGGAUGGCCGAACUUUGAGAGAGACGCGGCAGUGGCUCAUGGGCAACAUUCUCAUGUGGCGUGCGCUUUCAUUGUUGUUGCUCAUCUAUGCCUAUGGCGGCUCUUUCACACUGGAACAUCCUAAGGGAUGUGGAGGUGUAAACAACAAGUGGACGAUAUGGGACUCAGCAUUUGUCAAACAGUUGAUGCUGGCAGGCCUGGGAGAAGCCAUUUACAAGGGCUAUGACAAGAGCUGGAGACCAUCAAUGAUUUUGGGUGGCAAGGAUGGGCAUCAUUGGCGCACCGCUCAAGCCAAAGCCUAUCCUCCAGAACUUUGUAGGAUCCUUGCCGAACAACACAGUUCCUUCGCAGCAUGCCAACAGGCAGAGGGUGUGACCAUCGAACCAGAAGAUUUGCAAGCAGCUCUGGAGAUUUUGGCCAACACCUAUGACCCGUACAUGCAGAAUGCAAAGGGCAACAACUUCGACGCUGUCGUUCAGCUGGCCGAACGGAUCGAUGAGGCCUUGCUGGAAUACCAACAUCAAGUGGCCAACAACGAGGGGAUGAACCGUGCUGGCGUUCCCACUCUGGGGGUGCGCAAAUUUGGCGCCAAGUAUCCGCACUACCCGAGCUUCAUCGUGGCUCAGGAAUGGCGCGAUUGGGCCAACCGCAUCACCCAAAACUCACAGAACAUAGAGGUCCGCAAUGAUUUCUUGCAGGACGUUCGCAAGCGUUUGGAGUGGUUGGAAUCUGUGGAGCUGGGACUAGUGGAUCCCGGGAUCACCGACCUGCACGACACCUAUGGUUGGGACACAAAACGGCUGUCCUUGUUGCAGGUCUUUACCCGAGACGUCCGACCUCGUUUGGUGGAGAUGCGAGACACCGUGGAUCGUUCCAUCCUGGAACAGUCGCACGCGGAGAUCUUGAACGCCUGCUUCAACUUGACCAAACGUUUGAUCCUGGAGUCCAUGCGCUUCUUCGAGUGCGUGGCCAACACGGAGAGUCUGCGGGUGAAAUCUGAGGUCGUGGAUCACGAUGCUUGGGAUGAAGACCUGGCACCAUGGGAGGAAAGUGUGGCAAUGAGGCACAAGACUGAGGAAAGUCUUCAGGAACAGCAGGCAGUGCAACCAGUCAAUCGCGGCAACAGAGUCAGAGAGGCAUACAACCGAUUUCAAAGGAUGAGUCACAUGGACAAAUGCUUGACCGCGUGGUACGCCUAUAUGAGACCUCAGCUGCUGGAACAGGUGAACCCGGAAAACACCAGCAAAGAUGUCUGGGAAUCCUUGUUGGAGGCGAAUCGUCACUAUCAGAACCUCUUUGAAGUCUUGCAGCACGGCUUCGACUUCCAAGAAUAUCAGCAAAAGGGUGGCUGGAGCGAAGAGCGCGAAACCUUGCGACAGCGGCACUACGAAGGACUGAAACACAGCCUGAAUUCGCGGAUUCUUUGCUUGGACAAUGACCAGUUCGAACGCCUCUUGGAUGUGAUGUCUUUCUUUCUGUCGCACACGCUCUUUGCGACCAAUCAAAUGGCAACUUGGUGUUUUGCAGCGAGUGCGCCAACGGAAAUGGCGGAGGGUCCGAAAACAUUUGCUUUGGCCUUGCCAAGCAUGAAGGGCAAGGUUGGAGCGGGCCGGCAUGGAGAAGGAUUGGAACCAAAGCUUUUGACGAUGCAUAUGACAAGCGUGCUGACGCAGGCUCUGCAAUAUUUUGCAUCCAUGCUUUUCAAUGACGUUGGUGACGGGUUUGCCAAAGAGGCCAUUGAUGUGCAAAAGGCUGCUUUGAAAAAGGACAAGCCCACUGCUAAUGCGGAGAAUUUGCCACUGGGGAAUCCCCAGAAAGAGAAGCAAUUGUACAAAGAGUUGUCAGAUCAGUCGGCUUUAGAUGCCAGUGCUGAAAGAAAGCGCCGAUCACGAGCCAAUGUUCUCAGUGAGAAGAAUGUUGCGGUGGAACCUUCCGAUGUUGUGCCAAUGGUUUCUGCAGGAAAUAUGUCAGCAAUUCACACCCAAGCUCUGCCCAUAUCAGAUCUGUGCGAGCUUGUUUCCCAGCCGGAUUUGUUGCAGAAAGCUGUGCAUAAGCAAAUUGCACACACCAGUUCCAUUCCAAAGGCAGAGUAUCCACUUCGCGAGGAGGCAUUGGAACGUGCUUGGCUGACACAAAGAUCAAAAGGAAUCACUGGAAAAGAGUCCAUCAAGUCUUUCCGGGUUGAGGCAGAGCGCAUAGCUAGGCCAAGUGAUGGCGAUGUUUUUCCUGAGAAAGUGCGCCAUGAAAGUUUUUGCGGUGACCAGUGCCGUCAUUUUGCAGAUCGAAGUCGUAUUGAUUUGCACUCCCGUUUGAUGACGCAAUUUCAAGAGAUAGUUGCCUUCAAGGGGGGUGUCAAGAACGUGGUGCUGUCAGAUGUGCUUUGUGGAUGCGUUGUUGGUGAUUCUCUUGGUGGAACAUCUGUUCAGAUCGCCUUUUUGACUGCCGCUUCAGCACAAGCCGGAAGUCACAAGCCGGAUCAGGUAUUUGUGGCUUGUGAUAUUUUGGGGAGACAAGGAGCGCUGGCAGGUGACCCUUUCAAAGGGCUUUUGUUGGAACUGUCGACAGAAGACUUUUUCGAGCCAUCGGGCGCCGUUUACUUUCCAAACAUGCAAGCCCAGUCUGGAAGACUCCGCAUGUACACUGCAGAUCAGUUUGCUCACCAUUUGCUGGAUUUGGGUGAGUCAGAAUCUGUUGGGAAUGAAAAUAGCAGAGCUGUCAGUGUGGUCAUCAAACUUUUAACAUUUGAGGAAGACCUUUUUCCAAAGAACUUGUUGGUGACAGGGAUGGAAGACACUGAUUUUUCGACUGCAGAACCUACCGACAUUGCAGAAUUGAACCCAGAAAGCAAGGAGCCAGGGCCAGGGGAUGAUAUUGUGCAUCCUCUGAAUGACUCAGAUGUUGGCGAGAUUGAUUUCACUGAGCUUUUGAUGUCAUAUGGAAACACAGAGUUUUCCAGUGGAAAGCCUGCCUCCUGUUCUGAUCAUCCACCUAGGAAGAAAGCAAGAACAAAACCAGCGCCAGAAGUAGAUAGCAGCGGUGUUGGUGACGCUCUAGAAGAGGUCAAGCCACCACCAGAAAGUUCGUUGCUGGAUGACCCUGCAUUGGCUGCAUUCGUGGAUGCUAGGGACAUUGCUGACCUCCAGAACGCAGUCAAUCUUUGCAAAGAGGUUGACAAAUCAUCUGAUUUGAAUGAGUGGAGGUUUUGCAAGAUGGGAGCCGCGUUGAAGUCUGGAAGUUUCCAAGUGGUAGCAUUGCGGCGAAGAUUCUUGACUUUGGUGGAGGCAAUGGCUCCUUCCUCUCCUCAGACCCCAAUGAAAGCCAUGAAGAGUUGGUCGGACUCGGAGACUUUGGUUUUGGGGCAAUCGCCUCGUUCUCCGCGAUCCCCUCGCCCGGAGCUUCGUCGUUCAAAGGCUUCGUCAGAUUUGGGGGUGAAUGCAUCACCGAAGACUCCGGUCAUGAAGUCUGUGAAAGGCAGUCCGGAAUCAGGACGUGCCGUUGCUAGCCCCAGCAAGUCUGCCAAGACCAGUCCUCAAUCCAGCAAAAAAUCAGUCGGAAUGGCAUCGCCCAAGCCCAAGUCCAAGGCUGUUCAGAAAGGUCAGAGUAAGGGGUCUCUGACCAAAGGCAAAGCCAUGGUAGGCAAGCGUGCGAUGCGCAAGCCAGCUGCGAAAGCAGCCGGCAGAGUGACUCUCCGUGACAUGCAGCGAGAGAAAGCUUCGAAGUGGCAUGAUCUUAUGUGCGAGAUCCAGCAGGAAUACGACGAUAUGGUCUGCUACAACAAGUCGUUCAACGUUCCCCCACCUUGUACCUGGUUCUGGCGAUCGUCUUUGGAGGAGUUGGGAUGGGUGCAGGUUGGCAGGGUUCGUUGGCGCGCUGAUGGUUGGACCCGACCAUUUGACUACGACUACCGCCCCAAAGACAUGAUGAAGCGGCGCACCCCUUGCAGCGUUGAGUGCCGCCCGUGUUUCCUUUUCCAGAAGACACAUCCAUACUGUGACAUGAGCCGAGUUGGGUUGCAAGAGCAGUUGAGUGACUCGCAGAACUUGGAGACAUACCUCUCUGGUUUGGAAGAGUACUGUGCUGAGCGUCGUUCUGGGAAACGACGAGGUGCAGAUGCGGGAGCGGGCAGCGAUGCUACCUAUGCAGAGACGAGCUCGUCGUUUUCGACGAAACAGGUGGUUGGGUAUUUCUGGCCAGUUGAGCUGUUGAAAAAGCAUUCCAAGCAAUUGCCAAAGAGGCUGAGCAGUUUGACCCAUCAGGGCCGUGUGCUCAAAGGUGUUACCCUCGAAGAAUUUGCUGUGGGUGCCAUUGAAGUUGCGACAACUUCCUCUCGUGGUGCCAAGCGUCUUGCUGAGCUUGCACGUGAUGAUUCAGAGAACGAAGGAGACGCAGCUUCUGCUUUUGACAUUGUGCAGAAGAAGGUUCGUGUUUCAGGCUCCACGGCAGAAGGUGACGAGUCUUCGGAGAUUACUUUGAAGAUGGCCGGAAGAAUUGAGGAUGAUACUGAUGAACUCCACUCAAUUCUCUUUGGGGAUGUUGGGAAAACCCGCAAGGAGAAGGGAGCAUCAGAUGAUGAGCAGCAGGCCGCCAAACGCAGGGCAACACUGCGCAACAAGAAGGCAGCUUCGCUUGGCAAUGCUUGCGUUGGGCAAGAGGUGGAGUCGACUGGUGGGCCUGCUGGUUCCAACCCCGACAGCUCUGCUUCCACCAACUCUGGCAGUGCUUGGGCGCUAUCGGGUGCCAGUUUGUCAUCCAGAAAGGCAGCUGCGGAGGCAAAAGAGCUUGACAAGGCAGAAGCCUUGGUCUUGAGUGUGAACCAGUUGAAAGGUCAGCUGGGUGAGGAGACAUCAGUGAUGCAGGUGAGCCUGAAGUCAGCGCGCUCUUUGUGCGACAAGGUCACCGUUCGUUUGAACCCUGAUGGGAGCAAGCUGUUCUUAGAUGCCGUGAAGCGCAACGGGCCGGCAUGCCGUGAAGCGAUGGACGAGUUCGUUGAAGCCCUCCAUGAUUCGGAGGCGUCCCCGGACACAGUGAGAUCACGGGGGGCAAAGUUGAAAGACUUUUCCAUCCAGCUCCCACGCAAUGUGAACAUUGUGAUCUGCAAGAAGAAUGCCGAGGAGUUUGUCCAGCAAGGCAAGCUUGAUGAGUUGUUCACUUUUAUGGAUCCUACGAAGUCAACGGGUGACAUUGGCAUCAUGACCGUUUUGCCGGACACCGAGAAUGAGGAUGACCGCAAGGAAAUGAUCCGUGAUUUCCAACUUGGUUGCGUUACCCAUUUGGUCAACAACCUCUUGCUCAAGGAAUUUGCAGGUGACGCUGCAAGCAAGGAGUUCGAAGAUGAGAACAAGAAGUUCAUGAAGUCAUGCGUUCAGAGUUUGAAGGAUUUCCUUGGAGCUUUCCAGAAGUCGGACGUCUACCAGACAGCUGCUCCGGAGAAAUCACAAUUCCGAGAUGACUUGGGUCGCAUUUUCCAGCUGACUGAGUAUGUCUUGAAAGGGGAUGCCUUGCUAGCUUCUGAAUGUGAUUCCUUGCAUUCCAUGAAAGCUGCAGUGUCCAAAAAGGGCUUCUCAUUCCACGCUGGCAUGGUGACAUUCCCAGUGGGGUCUUGGAUGAUGGAUUCUAUCGGGGAGAUGAUUGCCCAGUGCCGCCAAGACCAAUUGCUUGGGAAAGAGUUUGAGUCUGUGGUGCAGUUUGCCCAGGGUCUCAAAAUCACCGUGGACUACAUGACAAAAAAGGACAAGGAGACCGGAGCCAUUGACAUCACCAUUCCGAAUCUCAACAAGAAGGUUGACAUGGCGGCAAAGUACUUUGCCUUGAUGGACUCAGCAUCAUCUACUGCCAGGAAGAUGCUUGAGCCAGAACUUGAGAUGGUUUGUGAUCGAAUUGAGCUGCUUGCGACCACUUUGGUUGAAGCGACGGCUUUGAAGUACGAAGAGUUCUUUGGCAAAUUGAACCAGCUGCUUACUGUGUGUUUCUCAGGUGGAGAGUGGGGUGAUGAGAAGUCGUCUGAAGUCCUGCAGUCCUUGCAAUCCAUGCAAGCUUUUCAGCCUUGGUCCCGCAUUCAGCCAGCGAGGCUCGUGGGCAAGAGCAAGGCGCUCAUCUUGGAGAAGCACUUGAGUUCCAUGAGCUCGCUUGGCUCAGCUUUGCAAAAGGCAUUUCCAAAGCUUGUUUCCUUGAAGACUGCGACACUGACCGAAUCAUUGCUCAUGAGUUCUGAAAUUCGGACACUCUACAGUGCGCAUCAUGAUCAAGAUGUGCUGACAGCUGUGAAAAAGCUUGCGCCAAAGAUGCUUCCUGGCAUCGACGCAAUCACUACUUUGAUCAGCAAGGCCGUUGCAGACUUUCUUUGCAAGGCAGCUUCAACUUUCGGUGACUUUCUCACUGGCAUUUUGGAGGCAGAGCCUGUGUUUGAUUCCAUCUUGCAAAGCAAGGUGGUCGGAACAGUGGAUCUACCCGAGAUGGAUGAGAAGGGGGUUGCAAAGAUCGAGAAUGAGAUUGACUUUGGGGCACUCUAUGUGGCCUUCAACCCUUUCUUUGCGGAGGACAAGACUGCGAAGCUGGCAAUCAACGAGAAGCAGACCAUUUCGGUUCACACAUCCUUUUUGUGUGUAGCCGGGUCCCUGCUGCAGUUGUCGAAGUAUGUUCUCUCUGUGAAGGAAGGUAUGGAGGCAGCGAAUUCCCAGGGAGACUUCAAAACAGUGAUUGGGUUGCAGCUUCAGCGUGCUGCCCAAAAAGAUGCUACUGGUCCAAAGGUUGAUACCAAGCUUAGCCUUCUCAAUACAGUGCCGCACUUCUUUCCCGGCCUUACGAAGGCUUCGCAAUCCUACCAGGAGAUCAUGAGCAAAGCUGGUGCUACCAUUGCCAACUCCGACCAGAUCAAGUUCUAUCACGAGAAGUUGUUGGAGACAUUGGUUGCCAGCAUCCAGCUUGGACUUUGUGAGAAUGUCAAGGUGGUGUUGUUUUGUGGCAGCAAAGCUGGCUCGCAGUGCAGCAUGAUGCAGCACUACCUUCAAAGUGUGAAAACUUUGACAUUCAUCCAGACCGAGGUUGGGAGUGAGGUCACAUCCCUCAUCGGUAUGUUGGAUGCAUUUUCUUCGUCGAACAAUGCCAAGACAAUGCCACCUGAAGAUGCCAAAGUUAAUCUGUCAAACGUCACCUACCUUCAAGGUAGUGUCUCCUUAGCACAGUCCAUGGUCCGCAAUUUGAACCCCGGAGAAACCAGAACCGGGCUCAUCAGCAAGUGCAUGGCUUUGCUUGCCAAGACCAAGGUUACUGCUGACGUGAUCUUGACCAAGAAAGCGAACCAGGCACUGGCUGGAAAGUUGCAAUCCAGCUUAUCCUUGCUCACUGGCCGACUCUACAUCACACGGCUGUUGAGCCAGAACCAUAUCCUUUGCAGCAUCAUGUUUAUGGAUUCGGUGGCUGACCAACUACGCUACCAGAUCCACGAGAUCAAAGAAAUCUUAUUGGCUGGUUGGCAGAAGGCCCGGCGCCAGACACGCACUUCGCACUGGGCCAACGCCCGGCCCUUGGACAACUUCCGACUGGCCAUGCAGGCCAAGAGGAAUGUGGACAAAAGUCUCAGCGACUUGGAGUUCACCCUCACGAAGCUGCGGCAACGGGUGACCUCGGUGGCCCUGAAGUCGGACCAGGACCUGAAGGAGGAGAAAGACAAACAUAUGCUGCUCUACACCCUGACCUGGCGCAACGUGGUUGCCUGGCAGCAGAGCUCCUUCGCCCCAGAGCUGCGGGAGCGCAUCGCGCCUUCUUGGGGAGAAGAGCUCGAGGUGCAUGAGAAGUUAAAACCGGAGAACAUGCGGAACUACGCCCGAUACUCCGUGUGCGAACACCAGUGGAACGCCUUUCACUCGACCGCGUCGCUGGAUGCCCUGAAAAAUUGGACAAGCGAAGUCGAGGAAACUGGGGAUGAUGAGAAUCUUGCAUGUCCGCUGAUCUGUACAUCAAGGCCUGAGUCAAACAAAUAG